CGGGCCGUCACGUCACUCGUCGCGACAAAUCGACAUUUCGAAUCUCCCUCCUUUUCUCCUUGUCUGCAAGUGACUUCUGAGAUACUGUACAGCAGCGCAGCCAUGCCGGAACCAGUGUCGGUCCUCUUUGUGUGCCUAGGCAACAUCUGCCGCUCGCCCAUGGCAGAGGGCAUCUUCCAGAACCUUGCCAAGCAGCCCGAGGUUGGGGGUAGGAUUGGGCGCAUCGACUCUUGCGGCACAGCUGCGUACCACAGCGGCGAACCCCCGGAUGACAGAACCAUGGCGACUCUGGAGGCCAACGGGAUUACUGACUACGACCAUCUCGCGCGGAGGUUUCACCCCAGCGACUUUAACAAGUUCGACUACAUCUUCGCUAUGGACCGGUCAAACCUGUCGGAUCUCCACCGGCUACAAAAGAACAACCCAGACUCCAAGGCCAAGGUGAUGCUCUUUGGCGAGUUCAGCGGGACGAAGCGGCCCGAGAUCGUCAACGACCCCUACUAUGGAGGAAAUGAGGGCUUCUCCAAGGCGUUUGAGCAGUGCUCGAGGUUCUCCAAGAACUUUCUCAAGGAGAUCCUCGAGGAGGAGUAG